UAUUUAAUAAGUUUUAUAUUGAUCAGAAACUAAGAUUGAAUAGAUUUUUUAUAGCAAUUAGGAUUUUAUAAGUGUCAUGAGAGUUCAAGAGUAUCGUACAAUGUAUAUAUCGAAGCAAAGUGUUUAGAACGAGCUUGAAGUUGUAUUUUUUAGUAAGGAAUGUAGCAAUUAUAAGUAAUUGCUACUAAGUUGUUUUUAUUGUAUACUUAUUCUAAUAACGGCAUUGGAUAUUUGUUUCAUUAGUUAUAGUCUAUAGACAUUACAUGUAAAUGAUCACCAGCACUGCUAAUACCGUAUAUAGCAUUCUCUCACCUUAAGCUUAUUGCAAUAUCAUAACAUAGAUAUGAACUAUAUUAUAUUUAGUUUUUCCAGGAAAAUUGAGUCGUUCAACGCUAUUGAUUAACUUCAUGGUAGACGAAGCUAAACGCACAAAUCAUCUUCAAAGAGAAAGAGGCUUUGUCUCAACAAUGGUUUAUAUUUUCAGAAUAAUUUGAUAUUUCACCCGAGGCGCGGUAUCAUAUUAUAUGUUUACAUACCGUUUUUACACUCGACAUUGAGUAAAAAAAAGUGAUUUUAUCUGCACGAUUAUAAAAAAAAGAGAACUAGAAUACAGUUUAGAGAUCAAAUUAUGGAAUUAGUACAGACAUGUGAAUGUUUUGUGCGGACCCUGCACGUCUGUAAUAACCACAUGUUAAAAUUAAACUAAUUAAUGAAACAAAUAGACAAUUUUUGUGAUUCCAACGAUUCAGUAUUAUUGGUUACUAGGACAAUAAGUGUUCAAAACGACCAUGUACCUGUCUCCUUUAAAUAUUUUCUACACCAACGUUGAACAUCUGUCGGAAGAUUUGCUCACAGAGACGGAUUUAGAAAGAAAAGUUAAAAGUUACAAGGAUAAAGGACAGAUUCCAAAAUUACAAGUAUUUUAUAAAUGUGGACGUUAUUUUACGCUUAACAAUGCAGAGCUCCGAGUGUGUCGAAAAUUACAAAAUGACGGUUUUUGUCAUAGAAUUAAAGUGGAAAAAGUACCGAUGAAACGAAUUCCGAAAGGUAUUUUAGAUACGAUGGAGGUACCGGAAACAGACUGUCCCAUCACUAGGGAUACAUCUAAAAGAUCAAAAACAGGUUAUCGGCAACUUACAGUGGCUAGUAUAUCAAAAGACCCGGAUGUCAACGACAAAUCAGAACAAACAGACGACAGUUUAUCAUCAUGUACUUUAGAUUCAUCAGACGACGGAGUUUCAGAAGAUGACAAACAAGAUGAACUGGACACUGAUGACUGGGUUAGUUCCAGUGACCAUAGCACAGAGUCGGAAGUUGAAGAGGAAGAAGAAAGUUUUUUGUGAUUUAAUCAAGAACAUGAACUGUAUUGGUCAACA